UUUAUGAGAACGUAUGGAUUUAUACUGAUGCUCUCAUGGUGCUGCUCACUCACACGUCUCACUGACCAUCAGAGGAGACAUUAAACCAGGUAGAGGAGAAAAGUCUCACUGCAGUUUUCUCACACACACUACGAGAACAUGGACACUUCCCGACUUCUCCUCCUCGUCGUCUCCAUGGGGAUAACUAUGUCUGAAUGUUCAGAGACAGCAGAGCCCCAAUGUAAGGACGGUGGCUCGAAGCGGUACAAACUUAAUGAAGGGGAGGCGUUUAAUUUUGUGCAUGAUUAUCUCAACAUCAGCGUGCCUAAUGAAGAGGUCACAUGGUUCGAUAAUAAGCAGUCUGAAAUCACUGCUGACGAAAAGGAAAACGUGCAUUAUCACGGUGGAGCUCUAUUUUUCUUAAAGCUACGCCCCGAGGACUCUGGAAAUUACAGUGUCCAGCAUAAAGAUCCAUCUGGGGAGUGUGUAAAGUAUAAAAUAGAAAUUACAAUUGUCAAGAAAUUCAUCUACCACCCUAUCAACAACACCCUCAUUAUCAAAGAGGUCACAUGUCCAGCUCAUGUCCGCAUCACAUGUUUCAGAUGGAAAGGACAAAUCACCUGGAACAAGGACAACAAUCCCCUUCUCGGAGAAAAUGAAAAAAGAAUUUGGGUUAGUAAUCAUAAGAAAAACCACAUGGAAGUCUACACCUGUGUUUGCACCUGGACACACAACGGCAAGGAGUACAACACUUCAGGACAUAGGAGUCUAAUAGUUCGAGAAACCGUGUCCUACCAUGAAAUCCAUAUCCUGUCACCCACCAACGAGGAGCAUUUUGCUGAUGAAGGCGUUGGGAUAAAACUGAUCUGCAGUGUUUACUGCGGGUUCAACAUAAAGAAAGACUGCAUUGCAUCCUGGGAAUCUAACGGAGUCUCUGUCGACGGGAUUGAAGGAUACAGCCAAGUUGUCACCAAGGACCCUUCAAAUGAUACCAUCGUUACUGCAGUCCUGGACAUCGUAAAGGUGUCUGCUAAGGAUUUCGAGGCUGAAUUUCAAUGUGUCGGCAUAAGCAACACAAAAGCGAAGCAAGCUCAGUUAACCCUGAAAAGGAGAGAGUCUAUAAUCCCCCUGGUCACCUGGGGAGUGUGUGCGUUGGUGCUGUGUGUGCUUGCUGCUGUGCUGAUAAAGUGCUUCGCUAUUGACCUUGCUCUCUUCUUCAGACCAUACCUUCCACAAAGCAGUUACAAGAAAGAUACGAGAGUGUACGAUGCCUACAUUGUGUACCAAACGCAGAACAUGGACAAGCUCACUGAGGACUCCCUCUGUCAGUUCAUCACAAAGAUUUUGCCCUCCGUCCUCGAGGACAAGUGCGGAUAUCGACUCUUCAUUCAAGGGAGGGACGACAUACCCGGGGAAGACCGUCUGGAGCUGGUGGAGGACCGCAUGCAGCAGAGCAGGAGGCUGAUGGUCAUCCUGACACCGGGAUCAGGAUCAGAGAGCUUGGAGGCUACUCCCACCUCGCCUCGGGACUCACUGAUUGGAGGAUUUGAUUGGCAGGUUGGCCUCCACCACGCUUUGCUGCAGAGGGAGAUGAGUGUGAUCCUCAUCCAGCUGGGUGACACCGGGCCUCAGGGAUACACUCACCUCCCUGCUGGACUGCAGCACCUGAUCCAGAAGAGCGCCCCCAUCAGGUGGCCAGAGGGAUCGCGAGCUGCCACUGCCUGGAACUCACGCUUCUGGAAGAGAGUUCGAUACCUGAUGCCUGCCAGACCGGCCAAAAAACAUCCACAUUCUGCGAUUAUCUGAGACUAGCUUUGGUCUUCCUGUAAUGAUACUGUAUGUAGCAUGAGCACUUAAAAGGGUCCAAACCAGUCCAAUCCAAUGCGUCGAAAAUGUUUAAUAGUUUAACAUUUAUUUCUUCUUGUUUGUGUGUAUAGUAACUAAUUAUUUAAGUUAUUUUUCAGGCAUCUUUGGGCACUGGGUUAAUUGUAUAUAUUGGUGACAGGUGGUGGUGGGAGCUAGAGUCCCAGGGUGAUUCAAGCAGGCCUAAACAAGGAAAGGCUUCAGCAAAAGGAAUGAGAAACCUGUGGUACUUUGGUUAAAGGAAUGAAAUGCACAAAACUAGACUUGGAUCAUUCCCUGCAUAAGUGUCGCUAUCUGGUGCCUCAGCAACAAUUUACUUUUCAUAUAUAUAUAUAUAUAUACAGUUUAUAUGAGUAGCUGUUGUUUUCUAUAUUAUUAUUAUUUGUAUUAUUAUUUUAUUCCUGCAGUUUGUUGGCUCGUUCAUAUAAAGAAUGUCACUAUUAAUAUACAAAAUGCUCGUGUGUAUAAUUUAUUUAUUGUUAUGGAAACGUGGAAAAGAUUUCUUCCCUUUGUAUUUCUACUGUAUAUUACUGAAAUAUCUUUCAUUUAUUUUUGUCGAUAUUUUUGACCUUCUGUUACAGCGGUUUUUCCACAAGAUGGAGACAUUUAUUUUUUCCGUUAGUAAAGUGUUUCCAUUUAAUGCAGUAGUCCUGUUAACAGGACUUUGAUAAGAUCAUUUCAAUAUUUUUUGACCAGGUUCAGAAGAUAAUUUAUUCCCCUUUCAUCACCUCGUCUUUCUCCAGUCACACCUGCUUUUAUACUCCAUAUGUGCUGAUGAGUAGAAAUGUAGUUUUCAGAGAGCCUGUUUGGUUGUCUUUAUGGUCUUUAUUUGAUUACCAAGACAUCACUUUAGUCACUUUACCUUUUGGGUAGCUCUACAAAAUGUAACAUUUGCUUGUUACUGAAUGAAAAGAUGUAUCCAGUUUCCGGAUACCCAAGGCUACCCCAGGCGUUUACUCCAAAUAAAUCGGAAGAAUUUCCUUACCUAUUUGAAGUAUUAAUAAAAUAAAAUAAUAACAAUAUCUUUUAUUCUAAUUAUUAUUGUUAUUAGUUUUCAAAUAGCUAAGCAAAUUAUUCCAAUAUCAUUUGGAGUAGACAUUGAUAUAAUAAUAAUAAUAAUGAUGAUACAAAUAAUAAUACAAAAAUAAAUAAUGAUACUAAUACUAACAAUAAUAGAUUUUCUUUUUUUACGCUGCCAAAAUAGUUUUAUUAUUAUUAUAAUUAUAAUUAUUAUAAUUAUAAUAAUUAUUAUUAUUAUAAUUAUUAGUAUUAUAAUUAUUAUAAUUAUAAUAAUAAUAAUUAUAAUAAUAAUAAUUAUUAUAAUUAUUAUUAUAAUUAUUAUUAUUCUUGUUAAUACUGCUGGACAGACAAACCCAUAAAAAAAAAGUUGGGACAAAAUC